AUGAGCUAUUCUUGUACCAGUAGAGGCAGCAGCCAGGACCCAUCGAGCGCUAAGAAGCCUGCCGGUAAUAAUCCGGCCAGAGACACCGGAGGCGCAGACAGCACCAGUAACGGCAGUCCGACGCAAACGGCGGCGAUGAAGGUGAAGAAGGGCUGCAACUCGGCCGACGUGGGAGUCCCGGUGACCACGGAGGAGGACCUGCUCGCGAGCGCGGUGAUCACUCCGGAGGAUGUGCUGGGCUUGCAGAAGAUCACAGAGAAUUAUCUGUGCAGCCCAGAUGAGAACAUUUACAACAUCGACUUCACCCGGUUCAAGAUCAGAGACAUGGACACGGGGACAGUUCUGUUUGAAAUCACCAAACCUCCAUCCACAGACAAAGCAGGAGAGAGGAGAGACGUUGACCCAAAUGCUGGACGAUUCGUGCGUUACCAGUUUACUCCAGCUUUUCUCCGACUGCGGCAAGUUGGAGCAACGGUGGAGUUCACGGUUGGAGAAAUGCCGAUUGACAACUUCAGGAUGAUUGAGAGACAUUACUUCAGGGAUAAGUUACUCAAGAGUUUUGACUUUGAGUUCGGCUUCUGCAUGCCGAGCAGCAAGAACACCUGCGAACACAUCUACGAAUUCCCCCCUCUGUCAGAGGACAGCAUCAGAGAGAUGAUCUUGCACCCGUACGAGACACAGUCUGACAGCUUCUACUUUGUGGACAAUAAGCUGGUGAUGCACAACAAGGCAGACUACUCGUACAACGGCGGGACGUAGAGACAACAUGCUGUGACAAAGGACAGGUGGAUGUAUGGACUGCCAAAGGGGACGACUGGAGGACACUGCAAACUUCCAGUCAAUCCAGUGCUCUCUCUCUCUAUUUCUCUCUCUCUCUAUUUCUCUCCCAUCUAUUAUUUCACUCUGUCUUCUCUAUCUCUUACUUUUUCUCUUCCUGAGAGGAUACGGACCCGAAAACGCCGAGCCAGACGUGUCAGCAACCAUGUGUGUCUGUGUGUGUUAGCAUAUAUAGGUUAGUCAAAGCCUGAAAAGCUACACACACAAACACACAGAUAUCUGGAUCACAGCUUCAACAAAGUGAUUUUUCGACCAGCAAGUGAAAAACUUUUUAGGAGUACAGGAUGGUUUUUGCUCUCUAGCCACGUCAUUUAGUGUCAAAAAAAACAAAACUCUGCAUCUUGAAACAAUGAUAGAAAUUAUUUUUCUCAUUCAUGUACAUGUUAGGAUGUAGAGAAACAAACCUGAAAUCAACCAUGUGUGUUUUUAGGACAGUUUUGAUUAUAUUAUUUUUCAGAUUCAGUGAAGGUGUGCAGUUUGAAUACUUUGUAUGAUUGUCUAAGUCCAUGUGUGUAAGUAUGUCAGUUAGAAGCAUGACUACCAGCAGUCUGGUUAAAAUACAUUCAUCAAUAAUGUGAUCAUCCUGUUAAAUAGAUUUAGGUCUGUUAGUGUGUUCAGUGGACAGUCAUUUUGAAUGGAUCAGAGUUUCUUCCUGCUCAGCCCCAGUUGUAUGACCUACACUGACUGUCGGGUGAUGGUUGAACAUAUUUAGGUAGCUGCAAUUUUCCUGAUUCCAAGCUCAGUGUACGAUUGCUUUACUUUAUAAUACUGCUGUGUCCCAGAUGUGAAGACAAAUUAUUUUUUUCUCCCCUCCUCACUGGUUGACAGCUGAAAAACUAACUUAAAAAUGAAAAUAUGUGGGAACUGCUUGUCUAGUUGUUAUGACUGCACACCUCAUGUACAGAGGUUGUUAUCAUUGAAUAAGGCCGUCAGAGGUUGAGUUCAGCCUGCGACUCCUUUCACACAGGUCAUUCCUCACUCUCGCUCUUUCUGAUUUUAACCUCUGUCCUGUCCCAAGUUUUAGCAAACGUAGCUAAAGCUAACAUAGUUAUGUAGAUAACAUCUACGCAGCUUACAUAGCUUUUUAGCUACUUAAUCAACAUAUGCAACUUAUGCAGCUAAUGGAGCCACAUAAGCUACAUUUUCUGCUAUAGAAUAUUUCCAUGGAAGACAAGCUUCUUUCAUGUAAGAAGACUGUUGCAGUGGUAUUGAAAUGUAAUGUCUAAAGUUUUAGUGUGUUUUUCUGAUCUGACAAAGAAGGUGUCAUAGACAAACAAAAGGGGCCCUCAGAGAAGUACGGUCUGCAGCAAGACCCCUCUCAAUAAUCGUUGCUUAAUGCUUGUUUCAGUUGGAAUGAGUAAAAUAAUAAAGAUAGAUUCCUAGCUCAGUGUAAUGUUAUCAAUGACUCCUGGUAGCUAAUGGGAUUCAUUGGCUGCAUCCUUCAUAUCCUAGCUCAAAUUAACUUUUAGACUCUCAUUAAAAUUUGAACAAAGUAGGCUUUGAAAUGACAAAUCAUGUUUGAAUUAAUGGGUUAAAUCACGUGAUGUUACUUUCGCUAGUUCCGGGGAAGCUGUCAAGGUUGCAUCGGUCAGGGGUGGUGCGUAGAAAUGAAAGCGUAAGGACAUUUCGCUGGCAAAACACAUAAAUAAGUCUUCACACCAGAAACUGCUCUGAAGCUUAGUCUACAGAGGCCUCCUCCUAGGAUCUAUGCCUGAAAUGAGACGCAACUGUUUAAACUAGAAGAUGACCCUCUUUAUUUUAGCCUGAAACCCAGCAGCAUCUUAAUGCUUUUUGACUUUCCACAUGAUUUCAGAGGAAAAUUGCCGCCAUGUAAACAUGGUGAAUUGUCUUAGCUCAAAGCACAAGCACUCAACAGAACCAACUAUCAGGAAGCUUGUAAAGGUGAUAAUGAACACACUAUGUCAUAUAUGAACUCAUCCAGCCUCCUGUGACUUUUAAUAGGUGAUAAAGAAGUUGUUGAAAAGUCGUGCUUUGUGAGUCCAAGUUUAAGUUUUGUUGUUUGAGAACUUUUCAUAAGAGAAUAUGUGAAAACUGGGAUUUGUUGAUGUUAAUGUUUUCCAGUCAGACCUGUGAAAAAGGAAGAAGACAGGAAUGUAGCAGAAGAUAAACUCCCUAAAAUCUCAUGUUUUUAAGUCUUGGUAUAAUGUUUCUGUGGCAGUGUCUCUAGUACGUGUUUCUCAUUCUUUGUGUUGUCUCCCUCUUUCCUGAUUUCUGUCUCUUGUACAUUUCGUUGCCGUUGUUUUCUCUCAAACACAUUUCUGUGAAGUGGGACCUGACUGUGUUGGUCUCUGGUAAUUUGAGGGCCUUUAUUUCACAGAUUAUCAGUAAUUGUACUGUUUUCAGAUGCCUCUAAACUCUAAUAUGCACUCUCAAGACAGAGAUGUAAUUGCUGUUAAUUAAGCGUAUGUGAACGUAUGAUGGCUGCCAUGCAUCCCUUUAUUGGACUGGUGCAUCAGCUGUAUAUGUCCUCAAAAAUUCAUGUGACAUGGACAGGAGAUGCCGUGUGCACAGGUCUGGUAGAGGCGGUGAAGAGGCCAAGGAGAUGUCAACACAGCAGCAGAAACGCAAAUCAAGAACAGUUAUGUACAAUGCAUCAUUGUCACCUGCAAAGAGACAAACAUGUCUGUCAAACCAGCUGAUGAAAAACUAGUUAAAGUUGGUUGUUUUAGUUUCUGUUUUCAGAACACUGCAGGAGCCAAUGGCAUCAAGAACUAAUACAAAACUUCUCUGAAAAUCAAACAGUUAUGCAUAAAAGUGUGAUAAGAACUACCUACAGUAUAAUCACAGAAACUGUGUUUAAGAGAAGUUUAUUUGAUGUGCAUAUGGUUUCUUGUUCCAUCUGUUAACAUGAAGGAAGGGGAGCUUGUGAACUUUACUGCAGUCAGUCAGCAGGGGGAGCUCUAACUGUUUUGGCUUCACUUUUUGGGAGCAGUCAUGUCCAUCCUUUUAAAUAGUUCAUUCUAGCACAAGAAAAGGGUGGAAA